GUCUACAAACAGGGCAACUACAACCAAAUUCAAAGGUUUGUCAAAGUCAGAUUUGUCAGUCCUUACCUUUAUUUUAUUCAUCUUGUGCUCAAACAUGGGAACACUUUUAUGGAUAUUUCUAGUUUCAGGAUUGUCAGGAACAACAGCUCUUAUUUCUCAAUCAACUUUGCAAAAGGAUUUCUUACAGUCAUUGAAACCACAAGAUUUAUUUUAUUAUUUUGAUACUAUUUCCUCUAAAUCGGUGCCUCAGUUUGAGCUGGUGUGGGUGAAAUGCUGUAGGAAUGAAUCCAUCAGGGGGCUGUGGAGAUGCUCUUUUGAUGCCCAGGAAGAGAGUUUUGAGCUGGGACAACACAGAAGCGAACCACCAGUGUCCUGUCCCUCAACUCUGGAGAUGGUCAUUAACUCAACGGUCAGUGUGGUGAAGAAGAGGGACGAUAUGUGUUGUGAACAGCUGAAGUUACUGAGACCACCAAACACAAGAACUCUGCUCCCAGUCUGCCAGGGGAAACUGCAAGGUCUGAUACAGUCAGGGGAGAAUAGGCUGUACAUUCGCCCAAUGCUUCAAAAACACAUAGACACCCUGAAGGACUAUACUGUGGAUUUACCUUCCGGUGUACCUCACCUAAUGCUAACCCAUACUGUACCUGUGAGGACACGUCUAAAACAGCCCAAGAGUCAGUUCAGGUUACGGAGAACAGCUCUGGUGUCAGAGGUCACACAUCUAGAACUAGCAGUGGUGGUGGGUCAAGAUGUCUAUAAUGUACAUAGGCAAGAUACUGAGAGAUACAUCCUCACCAACCUCAACAUUGCCUCUGAGCUCUUGAGAGAUGUCACACUCGGUGCCAACAUUAGACUUCAUCUGGUCCGUAUGAUUAUUCUUACAGAGCCAGAGUCAGAGAUCCAGAUCUCUGAAAACAUCACCGCUUCUCUGAAAAGUGUGUGCGAGUGGGGUCAGAAGGUCAAUCCUGAAGCUGACACUGAUCCUCUUCAUGCAGAUCUGCUGUUGUAUAUUACCAGGUUCGAUCUUGUGUUACCUAAUGGAAAUAAGCUUGUGAGAGGUGUAACUCAGCUGGGCGGAGUCUGUUCCACCCAAUGGAAUUGUGUGAUUACAGAGGAUACAGGCUUUGAUCUUGGCAUUACCAUUGCACAUGAGAUCGGCCACAGUUUUGGCAUAAAUCACGAUGGACGAGACAACACAUGCAGCUCUAGUGGGUUUAUGAUGGCAUCUGAUGGAGGUUAUAACAGUGUAGAUCUCACCUGGUCUCAGUGCAGCAGAGAUAAGCUCCACAGCUUCUUCAGUGCAGGUAAAGCAGACUGUGUGAAAGAUGUCCCGGUGCUGGGAGGCACGGUUCAGGAUUGGAGACCUGGUCUGUUUUACGGAGUGGACGAUCAGUGCCGUAUUGCAUUUGGCAGUUCAGCUACUGCUUGCUCUUUUGUUCAUGAUGAUAUGGUAACCUGCCGUGUUUUGUCCUGUCACAUCAACCCCCACGAACGCAGUUCUUGUACCCGCCUGCUCGUUCCUCUUUUGGAUGGAACAGAAUGUGGAGUCAAUCAGUGGUGUUUCAAGGGUCGAUGUGUGUCUCCUUCAACCUUGGACACCUCCAUGAUGGUUCAUGGUUCUUGGUCUUCCUGGUCUGACUUCUCUCCAUGUUCAAGAACAUGUGGAGGAGGCGUCACUCACCGCAAGAGACAGUGUAACAACCCCAGACCAGCCUUUGGUGGUACAGUCUGUAAGGGUCCUGACACAGAAGCUGAACUUUGCAAUCGACAGCCAUGUGAGACGACACAGCUGGAGUUCAUGGCGCAGCAGUGCUCAGCUACAGACCAGCAGCCUCUCUCAGUGUCUGUAGACUCCACAGUCUACACCUGGAUCCCCACUGUAGGCUACAGCUCAGGUGACUCUCAGUGUAAACUGAUGUGUCGCUCACGGGACCAGGACUUCAUGGUGAGUCGUGGAUCUCAGUUCAUCGAUGGGACUCGAUGUGAAUCCAAUAAAUCUACACUGCCUGGUUCUGUUUCUGCAUGUCUGGUUGGAAAGUGCCAGCUGUUUGGCUGUGAUGGAGUAAUGCAUUCCGGGAAGGUGGAGGAUGGAUGUGGGGUCUGUGGAGGCAACGGCUCCACCUGUCAAAUCAUCUCAGGCACCUAUUCAGGUGGAGAGGCCAGAGAGUACAUAACAUUCCUCUCCCUUCCAAUGAAUGCCUCUCAAGUUCAUGUGAUUAACAAGAAUUCCGUUUUUACACAUCUUGCGGUACUGUUAAACGGUAAGUAUGUGGUCUCAGGAGAUGAAAGUCCAGCGAUGAACAUCACGUACCCUUCACCUCUGGAGAAGAGCCCCAUACGUUAUCACUUAUACCUGACACCUGACCAUCUACCUCAUUCUGAAGAGCUGAUCAUCUCUGGACCGGCCACAGACAAAAUCCUCAUACAGGUGUAUUGUAAAUAUGGGAGAGAAUAUGGAGACCUCACCAGUCCGAACAUCUCGUAUCAGUACUACUCCUCUUAUACUCUUCCUGUGGCUGCAAAGGGCAGAUGGUCCACUGUCAUUUCUCCCUGCUCGGUUACCUGUGGCACAGGAAUCCAGAAAAUCUGUCAAAUGUGUGUGGAUAUGAACACACUUGACCGUCUAGAAGAUGAGUUGUGUAGUUCAUCCUCUCGAUCACCAGAUUCGCUGCAGCCCUGCUUCCUGCCAGACUGUCCAUCCAGAUGGGAGUUGGGUGAGUUUGGACCCUGCAGCGCCCCCUGUGGCGUGGGAGAGCGAGGGCGCUCCGUGACCUGUUUUCAGAGGCAAGGUACAGUUAAUGUGCAAUUGCCCGAGUCAGAGUGCACACAUGACCCCAAACCCCCAAGUACUGAGACCUGUAACCUCCUACUCUGUCCUGCCAGGUGGGAGGUGGAAGAGCCAGGUGAAUGCUCAGCUGUGUGUGGACCUGGAAAGUCCAGGAGAACGGUGUUGUGCGUCCGCUCUCACCUCGGGUUUGAUUCUGAGGUUGAUCAGAGCCUGUGCUAUGAACCCAAACCUCCAGAACACAUUCCUUGUGUGGUAGACGUGUGUCCAGUUGGAUGGGAUACAGAGAGAGACGUCCAGAUGACCCACGCAGAUACCCUUGGUGUUAUGCCCCGGUCCAGAAUGGUUCCCGUUUAUGUUUGGAGCCCUGUGAUUGGCCAGUGCUCUAAGACCUGUGGGAAUGGAUCUCAAGAGGUUUGGUUUUCUUGCGUGGAUCACCAGUCACAUCUAAAUGUCCCAGAAUUCCUUUGUGAUCGUAGCAACAAACCAGAGCCUCACAACCAGCCCUGCAGUCAAUCACAGUGUCCCGUGACUAGUUGGGGCUACAUACAGGGAGUAUGCAGUGUGUCUUGUGGCGGCGGAGUGGCGAAAAGAAUAUUGUACUGUUUUCAGGAAGGAGAUGGAAACAGGCAAGUGAUGGUCGGGAAAUCCGCCUGUCAAGCUGUACCCAGACCUUCAGAGUUAGUGGAAUGUAAUACUGAAGCCUGUCCUGCUAGGUGGCAGGUUGGAGAGCAAGGCGAGUGUUCUGUGUCUUGCGGGAUGGGUGUGGUGGUGAGGAGGGUGCUUUGCGCUCAGUAUGUGGGAGGUUUACAGAGGGUCAUGGAGGAGAACAUGUGCGAGUCCGCAAAGAAGCCUCCGGUCACGGCCCCUUGUUACACACAGGCCUGUUAUUUCCAGUGGGACGUCAAUGACUGGAGCGAGUGUUCGGUGUCAUGUGGUUAUGGAAUCCAAUCUCGGACAGUGUCCUGCAUGAGCCCGUCCAGCACUCUUCCCGUCAGUCCCUUUCUUUGUCUCCACUUGCCGAAACCCAUUACCAUCCAGGCCUGUUACAGCCCCGACUGUUCCCUAGCACAGAGUCCCACACCAGAGCCUAAAAGCGCCCACAGUGAGCAAUCAGAGACACAGGGGGAAGAGAGGGCACGGAAAGCCCCUGGUGUACCUGCCAAAACCACACCCGCUUCUUUUCAGAUAACCAAUACAAAGAAAAGUUUCUCAAGAAUUGUAUCUACAGUGCCAGUUAUGAGAAGCACGAUGAUCACACCGACAGAACCACCACAGACCAGCCUCUGUGGUCGUCUCCUCCUUCAAGAUUCAGGAACUAUUGACCUACGCAACGUCACUCAAAGGAGGUGCAUAUUUGCUAUUGGUCGGCCUCUCGAUGAGGUCAUUCAAGUUAAAAUAGUUUCCAGCAUUCUUAACUGCCAGCACAAGGACAAUCUCGCCCUGUACGACCGACUCAUACUGAUGCGUCUCUGUGAGAGGAUUCAUGGUAAAACAGUGAGGUCACGAUCCAAUGUUCUGUUGGUUCGUCAAAGCCGUCUGACCCCUGGCAAUGGAGUGCUACUAUUUUAUCAGAGCGUAAAGAACAAAAAAAGCCAACAUGGGGAGUGUGACGUUCAGCUGUUCUCCCCAUCUGGAGUCAUUGAGAAUCCGAUCAAGAGUUCAGCCGCCUCCCUUCUCAACACUCAGAGCUGCCGUGUUUUUAUUGAUGCUCCUCCUGCUAUGAGGAUUCAAAUCAGAGCACUUUCUGUAUUCAACAAGACAGACACAAACUCCACAUACAUACUGAUUCGGGAUGUGGAUGCAUUAAAGACGACGGUUUUCAGAGGGAAUCAGCUCUUUCUGUGGAGCUCCUCAGGAAGCCGAGCUGAAGUUGAAUUUCACGGGGAAUAUCAGCAAACCAAGGGAACAUUCAGAGCAGCGUAUUCACAUAUUAGCACAUCUGAAAAGGAACUGGUGUAGCUUCGGUUCUCAUUUGUAGACCAUUAAAGAUGUUUGAAGUGUCAUAAUUUAGUCAAUAGUAAAAAGAAUCAUUCCAGACAAUAUGGUUUAUUAACUACAUCAAACAUAUAUAAUCUGAAGUAUUCUGUC